GACUGCUUCGAAACACGCGCCACACCGAGAGCAUACUGAAAUGGCUUUAUUUUUAGACUGUGACAAUUAAGAAACUUCUUAGAAACUAUUUAGCCAUAAAAUAAACCUUCUAAAGAAAGUUCGACAGACCAUCAGCAGCAGAAAGAUGACGUAUCGAAUUCAGGAUACAGAUUUAAUUCUGCAGCUAUGGACAAAGUGAUCCUGAUCAAAGAGAAGAAGACUUGGGAUGAGGCCUUGGAUUACUGCAGAGAGAAGCACCGUGACCUGGUCUCCAUCACUGACCGUCACCAGCAGAGAUGGGUCGAAAAGAGAGCCAAGAUGGCCGACACUGAGUUCGUCUGGCUGGGAAUGCGCUACACCUGCACUCUGGAUCUGUGGUUCUGGGUCAGUGAUCGUCUGGUCUGCUAUGACAACUGGGCCCAAGACGAGAAGAUUGAGGGUUGUGACAGGGCUACAGCCAUGAAGAGAGAUGGGAAGUGGUAUGAAAGGAGAGAAGGGGAAUCUCUUAAUUGUAUCUGCGCCUUAUAGUAGGCCUACAUUUUUUUAAACCCACCGGUCUAUUUAUAUAAGCUUACUCUACACUGACUGUUCUCUGGGGUUUUUUAAUGGCACAUGUAAAUAAAUCACAACCUGAAGAUGGUAGAACAUCAUUUAUAAAGGUAACACUUAAUGCAGAUUAGUCAUUGACAAAUUCCGAGGACAAGAUUUAUUUUAAGUUGCUUCCUUUAUAGUAGCCGGGGAGAGAUAACUACAGACAGCCUUGGUGCUCAUUUCUUAUUCAAUAUAGAAUAUUGUCAUAUUUCCUUUCAAAGUGUUUUUUUCUUUUCAUUUCUUAAGGUAUUUUUUGUAUACCAUUGGUAGAGUUCAAGAAAUAAUUAACCUAUUCUGCUUUGCUAUAAUAAAUAUUUCAUAUACUCACUUUAUCACAUUAAUUUCCAAGAUGUAAUUCAAUUUGGGUAAUGGUUCAAAUUAUGUAAAAUCAUGAUUAUAAUAUGUUUUUAUUUUAUGUAAACAAUAGAUUUUUUUUCUGACAUGUAAUAAACUGUUAACCAUG